GAUAAUAAUGGCGUUUAGUAAUCAAAAACUGUUGACAAUACUCAAGAUAGUGAUGUCUAUUCACAUGACUUUAGCCAACAUAUACUGUAUUUAUAUAAUAGUGGUGUGGGGUAUGGCGUUGGGCGGCAACGAAACUGGCCCAGAUGCAAACACUGUUGAUAAACAGAAAGUGACAAUUGGCCUGGUCAUCACGGUGGUUGGGCUAUUGGUAGGCAUUAUUGGUCUGGUGGGUGUUAUUCGGGAAAGCAAAUGUAUCGUGAUCAUGUUGCUGGUGGUGACCAUCGCGGCUAUUAUAGCUAACUUUGCCAUGGUGAUGUUUGUGUCAGCCGUAUGGGGUAUUGUGGUGGCUGCGGUUACGGCAGUGUAUUUGUACUUGAUCAUUCAGAAAGAAAAGGAGACUGACUUUACUGAUGUAUAA